AUGUUGAAGAAAUCCGCCGUCCGCUUUUCUUAUCACAAUCUUCAUUCUCUCCACGCUUCAGCCCCGGCUUCAAAGACGUCAUCAUUCUACGCGACCCCGAUCCUGACCCCGACCUCCACCUCCCCCUCCACCUCCACCUCCACCUCCACCCGGCAGCGGCAGCAGCAGCACAAGCUCAUGCAGAGACAGCAACGCCGCUCAUAUAUAGUCUCUGAUGGCCACAGCACUCACAGCCAUGGAUCUCUGCGCUGGCCAGAAGUCACAUCCGCGGAUGGAAUUCCCACCCCAUACCAAAUUUUCGGACAAAAGAAAGGCUCCCCCUACUCCAAACGGAGAUGGCUUUCCCUCGUGAAAAAAUACCACCCGGACCGCCACGAUAUAUCGUUGAUGGACGGAUUGUCAUAUACUACAAGGCUGGAGAGAUACAGAUUAGUAGUUGCGGCAAAUGAAAUCUUAUCGGAUCCUAUCAAGCGGAGCGCUUACGACACAUGGGGAGCCGGAUGGAACGGGGCUCCAGACGUCGCAGCUCAUCCGGAUCAGCCAGGUUCUGCAUCUCACUGGGGGCGUUGCUCUCGGAACGCAACCUGGGAAGAUUGGGAGGAAUUCUACCAAGAAAACGAGUCUAAAGAACGGCAGGAACCCAGAUUCGUUUCCAACAGCACAUUCGUCGGCUUGAUCAUGACUUUUGCCCUCAUUGGUAGUGUUAGCCAGGCUUCCCGAGCUGGUCGGAGUGGAACUCAGUUUGUGGAACAAAGAGAUUCCUUACAUCGGACCAUCUCUGAGGAUCUCGUGCGUACGCGGAAGGAUACUACUACCGCCUACGGGAGUAGAGAAGAGCGGAUCGACAACUUUAUUAGACAGAGAGAUCCACUUGGGUAUGGAGUGACAGACCCGAGAGAGGAGCUUUAUAGGAACGCUCUGCCGCCGCCGGAUAUGUGCUCUAGCUGCUCUAGUUAG